UUUGGAAGUUUUUCAUAUAAUUUUUAUUAGCUACUAUUUCACCCCGGAAAGUUGCCAUCCGCACCGCCAUCCAUCCGGUCCGAGUAGUCAAUCAAUGCUUUUCUCCAUUGUCACGAACAGCAGCAAGAACAGAUUUUUAACACUUGCCACAUCCGGCCACAAUUUUCGACACAUUUUUACAAAAAAACACCACACCCACUUCACCACCACCAGCUUUCCCCUUCUCUUGAACACUCGUAGUGUCGCCUCUUUGAAAACUCGUACUGCAAGUAGAAUCAUGGGCGCUGCAACAACUGCAACCGGUGCAACAAUGAAAAUCAAUCUUGCCGACGAUUUUCAGGUCAUUAUGCAAGGCAAGGCCAAUAAUGUCCAUCCGGUGACAAAAUAUCGAUCCACUUCCACCGGGCUGGAAGUUGUCCAUGCCGAUAUUGAGGGACCAAUUGUGAACGGAUACAUUGUUCUGGCGACCCGCGCCACGGACGAUGACGGUCUUCCUCACACUUUGGAACACUUGAUUUUCAUGGGGUCUGAAGACUAUCCGUAUAAAGGCGUCUUGGACAUUCUGGCCAACAAAUGUUUCGCUUCUGGGACGAAUGCUUGGACAGACGUUGACCACACGGCUUACACGCUCACGACUGCCGGAAGUGAAGGUUUCUGCAACAUGCUAGGCAUUUACAUGGACCAUAUUUUCCAUCCCAUCCUCUCCGACUCUGCCUUCGUUACUGAGGUUUACCAUACAACUGGAGACGGUACGGAUGCAGGCGUCGUUUACUGCGAACUUCAGGCCAAGGAAAACACUGCCGAGGAGCGAGUUUAUCACGAACUUGUUAGAACUAUUUAUCCACCCACUUCAGGAUAUCACUACCAGACGGGAGGAAUUUGCAAAAAUAUCAGAGAAACAUGCAACAACGACAAAGUGAAGAAAUUUCAUACGCAGUUUUACAACCCGAGAAAUACUUGUGUCAUUGUUUGCGGAAGGGUUACUCCGGAACAAUUGUUUAAAGCCUUGGAACCCACGAUUGCAAAACUUAACGAAAAAGGCGUAAUUCCCUCCUGGACAAAACCCUGGUUGGACGACGUGCCCGAGAUUAACGCCGCGGUAGAGAAACAUGUGAACUUUCCGGCAGAAGAUGAUGACGAGGAAGCGUUGGUCACGAUUGGAUUUCGAGGACCGUCCGCCAUCACGGAAAUUGAGACUGUCGCCGCACUUCGUCUCCUCUUUGAAUACUUGACCGACAGCUCUGUUGGUCCGAUGCAACUCGCCUUUGUGGAGAAUGAUGACCCAAUUUGUAGUCAGGUAACGUACGCCGAGAUGGAAAACUCCCGUACAACAUUCUACCUAGAGUUUGAAGGGGUUGGAAAGGAUAAAAUGCCUGAAAUCAUCUCCAAAACGAAGUCAACGUUGGAAAAGCAAGUCAAUUUCUUCGACAUGUCUCGAAUGACGGACAUUAUCAAGAAAAACUAUCAAGAGGAGUUGAGUUCGAUGGAGAACACGCCUCACAAUUCGGUCGCGUACGCCGUCAUUGGGGAUUUCCUGUACGGCUCGGAUAAUAAAGAAAUGUUUGAAAAACGUAUCAAUUGUGCCUCCACCAUAACUGGUUUCCUCGCCAAGGAUAAGGCAUACUGGAUAAGUCUCAUCAAGGAGAAAGUGUUGGGACAGAAAUGGGUCACUGUUUAUGCUCAUCCAAGCAAGGAGACUUUCACCAUGCUUGCAAAAGAAGAAGAGGGUCGCGUGGCUGAGCGUCGUCUACGUCUGGGCGCUCCAGGUCUGACUAAAAUGGGGUACGAGCUGGACGAAGCCAUCAAAACCAACUCGACGCCUGCACCAGCCUCCGUGCUUGAACAAGUCUCUGUUCCAUGCGCGGACUCGAUCCAUUUUCACACGAUUACUCGCUAUGCAAAUCCAGACUGGGCGGAUCAACUGAAGUGUAACUUUUACAUGGAUGAUAUCAAGUCGAAUUUCGUCUACGUCUCGGUCCAUAUGGACACGUCCUCCUUGUCAUACGAGCAACUUAAGUAUCUGCCCCUCUUUCGCGAAGUCCUUGUAGAAUCUCCCGUCCUUUUGGAUAAUGGGACCGUCAUGAGUUUUGAGGAUGUCGUUGCGGACAUAAACCGGACUUGGUUGUCGCACGGAUGCUCCCUCGGGAUCGAUGGUGGAGGACGAUUCAAGUGUGGAUCGUAUUGUCACAGUUUCACCCUGAACUGCCAGAUGGAGCUGUCCAAAUUGGAUGCCGGAUUUUCCUGGCUGCGCCUUCUCCUCUUCAAAACUCAGUUUUCAGCCGAGCGCACCAAAGUAGUUGCAACCAAGAUGGCUGCAGAUAUUCCUCAAAUGAAGCGAAAAGGGAACCGAAUGGCGUACACGCUCCUGAAGGACAUUCUCUAUCAGGACAAAUCCCCCGUAAAGACAUCCUCGCUCCUCCGCCAGCAUAAGUUCCUCAAGGGAAUUGGCUCCUUGUCGGCUAAGAAGUUGGGUGAAAUGUUCAAUUCGAUUCGAGCUGUGUUAACCUCCCCGGCAAAUGUCACCCUUCACAUCGCCGCUAAUUUGGAUAAGAUGAAAAGCCAGGCUGGCAAUGGCGGUUUGAAUGCAUUGCUUGCAAACACGUUCACAUUUCAGGAAGUUGAAAUGGGUGACAAACGACUUUCCAACGCACCCGAUCUCACUUGGAUGAAAUCACCCUCCAUUUUUACGACCGAAGCGGAAUUGCGAAUUUUAGGGAAUCGAGCUGAAGAGUCGUCCUACAUGGUCAAAGUUGCUCCAGGCGUAGACAACUAUUCCGACCCAGAGUUACCCAUUUUACUCACGGCUAUGCAAUACUUGUGCCAGACGGAGGGGCCAUUCUACCGUGGCAUUCGUGGAGCAGGAUUGGCCUACGAUUUCUUCAUGGAUGCUCGAUGCAACGAAGGCUUGAUAUAUUUCAACCUCUAUCGUUGCACCGACGUCGUUGGUGCAUUCAAAGCGGCGAAAGAGAUCGUUAUGGCGCACUGCACGCCCCCAGGAGGUGGAGAUGAGGACAUCUGGUCGGAAGAAUUUCUCAGCUCGGCCAAAAGUUCACUGAUUUUCGAGUAUAUUGAGGGAGAGAAAACGCCACUCGCACUUUCUUCUACAUCACUCUGUUCGUAUUAUCGGAAUGUACCGGAUGGAUACACCAGGGACAUGAUAUCAAAGAUUCUCGCGAUAAAACUUGCCGAUUUGCAACCCAUCGUAGAAAAGUAUUUGAAACCAGUCUUUCUGCAAGAUCACGUCUGCUCCAUCGUUUCUCCACAGGAUAAAGUGGUAUCGAUCGUGGAAGGAUUCGAAACGGUGCACGCCAAGAAGCUUCAAGUCGUGACUGGCUUGGCAAACUCGUUCCUCGAAAAAUGGGCAGAUACGGCCGAUUUAACUAAUUGAUUACUUAUGAUGCAUCAAUGAUUGAUAUCGGUCAUGUCCAAAUGCUUUCUCCUCUUGUUUGUUAUGCCUUAACUUUUAAAAUUCAAAAUUUUGCUGUAAUAAUUUACUGCAACUAAUAAAUUUCUGAUUGUACAUAUUAAUAAAAUUUUUAAUAU